CAGGCGUUACAUAGAAAUUAGAAAACCGUCGCCAUAGAAGUCUCCAGCUCACCUCUGGCUCGAGAAGCAUGGAUUCCUCACAGGCGGCAGCCGGCAGCAACAGCAUCAUGACCUCACAGUCAACCGACCAAUCGCCGAUGGAUUCCUCGGCAACCACUGCCGCGGCCUCAAUCGACGAUCCCAAGCAGAACUUGACUCAAGUUAUAAAUUCAAUCCAGAAAACUCUCGGCAUCCUUCACCAGCUGUACCUCACCGUAUCCUCCUACAACGUGGCCUCUCAACUCCCCCUUCUGCAACGCAUGAAUAACCUGGUACUUGAGCUGGAUAAUAUGACAAGAUUAGCAGAGAAGUGUAAUAUACAGGUUCCUUUGGAGGUUCUUAAUUUGAUUGAUGAUGGGAAGAACCCUGAUGAAUUCACACGGGAUAUGUUGAAUGGUUGUAUUGCAAAGAAUCAGAUCACAAAGGGGAAAACAGAUACCUUCAAGAGCUUGCGCAAACAUCUUCUUGAAGAACUGGAGCAAGCUUUUCCUGAUGAAGUUGAUGCUUAUAGAGAGAUUCGUGCAGCAUCUGCAGCUGAGACCAAACGUUUGGCACAAUCACAAAGUAGCCUACCGAAUGGAGAGAUGAAAGUAAAGACUGAGAUGUGAGAGAGAUUGGGUGUCCAAAGCAUAAACUACGCAUUUCAGUUUUACAUUUCCUUCUGUAUUGGCUUGUGAAUGUGACAUGCAUUUCUUAAAGCUUUGUGUGUAGAAAUUGCUGAGAUAUUAAUACAUUUUCUAUUAUCAUUUGGAGACUUGAUUAAAAGGCACCUUUUAUUGGUCACAUCUAGCAAACUGUAGGUGGGGGCUUAUGGUUGCUACUUACUAAUAUGGAACAAGAGGAAUUGAGUUUAAGUACAGUGGUAAAAGGCAUUUUCUUUUGUGCCAUCAAUUAGAGCUAUUAGUUGAAGCUCGUGAAAGUUUGAGCUCGACUUAUUCCUUUUUAUUUAGAUGAGUUAAUUGAGCUUGUUUAAUAACCGAGUUGAGUCAAAUUUGUUCGCAAACAACUUUUUGUUUUUAUUGGUUUUGAAUGAAAUAACC